GCAUGCGUGUCUGUUCACCAAUGAGAACUUUCUGGCAGUCAACAUGUCGCACCGUGCGGUCCUACAUCUGCUCUGUGCGUUUGGAGUCUUUCACAAAGGUCAAACUUCUCUGGUCCAAUGCCAGAACCUUGUGUUAGCAGCUCUUGGAGACGACGCCUACUUGAGCUGCAGGUUGAUGGAGUCUAAAGACGUCGUGCAAGUCACGUGGCAGAAAAUCAUUCCUGGUGGGACGACGGAUCUCGCUUCUUACAUCAAACACUUUGGUCAGAAAGUGAAUACUGGGUUUCAGGGAAGAGUGGAGUUUAAAUCUGCUGGACUGCAGAACAGCUCCAUAGUGAUCAGAAACGUGACUGACCAGGAUGAAGGAUGCUACCGCUGUUUGUUUAACACCUACCCCGAUGGUGCUUUCACUGGGAGAUCAUGCCUCCAUCUCUACGAGCUGCAUGGACCCUUUCUACACGUCACAGAGUCACACUCUGCUGAAGAGCUAGUCGUGUCCUGCUCAGCCACAAGUCCACCUGCUCCCACGGUAACGCUGACUGUCCCCCACCACAACUCCACCAGCGUCACCAACACCAAUGGAACAGUCACCGUCACCACUACAGCCGUGCUGUCUCGUCUCCAUGACAACAGCCACCGGGUUGGAUGUGCAGCGCGAGUUCUCUCCGGUCGUCAGAUCGAUGUGUAUGAGAUGAUUCCUGAGGUCAGACUGUCGCCUCCUGAUGGUUUUGGUGUUAAGUCUGGAUCUGAUAACAGUGAUGUCAAUGUUCCUUUGAUCACUGGUUUGGUCGUCGGUCUGCUCGUUGCUAUCGUUGUUGUUGCUGCUGUCAUUGCGUUUUGUCUUGAACGGAAACACCAGGACAGUGGGCCACAAAGGGACCUCGAGGAGAACAAGAGAGACACGAAUGAGCCCAGAACACCUUUGACGAAUCCAGAAACACGACAACGGAACUCUACUGGAAACCGUAAAAACCGUGAGAAAGCAGAACCGUCUGUGCGAUUUAAAAGAAACCUGUUUCCUGUACAACAAAACCCAGAAGACUGAAGGGGCUGAAAAGGAAAACGCUGAUGGAAACUCUCAAUAUUCUCAUUAAUGUGUUGAGACUGGUAAAAAUAUUGGUUGUCAAUAACACAACAUAACCCACUGUCUUGUAUCAGUUUAUAGAAAAUAAUCCCGGCAGAUCAAAAAGUAGUUUUGACUUUUAAUUAUCUGUAAACUGCUGCAUUUGCACCUAUUGUUUGUUCUACUUUUUAAAUGUGUUUUAACGUUUUAUACUUUUAUACAUAAAAACAAUAUGAACUGAAUUUUAAAAAUACAGUCAUUGAUUGAAAUACUGA